CUUAAAAUCGAUUUAUAUGGGUUCCUCGAGGAAUUACAAGCAUUUUGUACUUGUCAGAAUUUCGAAAAAGUGCCUAGUUUUCGAGAAAAUCGCAAUUUUCUAUUUCGUUAGUUCCAACUUUCACCGCUAGGUGGCUGGCAAUUUUUUGGUCCAUGAAUCGGCUAUUUUUUUUAUUUUCUUUAUUAAUGCAUUCAGCAGCUCAAAAUCGUAUUAUUAUUGUUCCCUAGCCACAAAAAAAACAUUUCACACGUGGCGAAACUUCGAAAAAAUCCUUAAUUUCCACAAAAAUCGCAUUUUUCUUUUCGAGCUCCAGCGCUAGUGACAUUAGCGGUACCAUUUUCGAAACAAGCGCGCGUAAAUUCGAACUUUGAAGACCAUGCGAGGCCACAGCUAUCGAAGUACUUUAAAAAUAUUAAAAAAAAAACAUAAAUUAUUAAAAAUGAUGUUGUAUAUGUACGUAUAACGUUAGAACGAUGUUAAUUACAGCUCUGGAACCGUGUUGCCUUGUCGUUUUUAGUCGUGUUUAUUACUCACGAUGGAGCAUCGUUGCUUAUUUUGUAAAUACGUUACCUUGGUGUUGUCCUGGAGACCGUAAAUGCGUCGAAACAUAACGAGCGAAAAACUAUGAAAGUUUCAGCACAAUCCUCUUCGCUUACGGCGUCGUGCCCCUUUCUCGUUCGUUCAUGAUUAAUAUUAAACACCCACAAGCACGCGGCAAGCCACCUCCAAGUGGAUCCAACGUGGUGCAAGAUGCGGGAUUUAAACUUAAACAAAUCGACAAAGAUACGAUUCAAGCGGAAAAAGCAGACUGCAAUCAGAAUUUCGUAGAUUCCACCUCGUGCUCGUUCGAACAGCUCUGCAACAUGAUCAACGAUCUGGAAAAGAACAUCGUCGACGAGUUCCCGGACGUCGAUCAUCGUCUUCAGCUAGAAGCGGAAAAGGACGACUCCGAUGAGAAGCGUGUCGCAAACGGAACAACUUACGACGAUAUAAUGUCGUUCUUGACGAAGCUCGAAGAGGAUGGUUCUGUAGACCAAACGAAAGCCGAUGUGCCCGAAGUGAACGCGACGAUGCUCCGGGAGGUGCUCGGAGACCCGCAGCCUUUGACGUGCCUCAGUUACGACGGUCUGGAGACGCCUAACGCAAACGCAGGUGUUCCUUACGCGUUCGAGGAGGAUCUAGCCACUGCGCGAUUGCAACUCGAGGAGAAAAACGCCACUAUAUCGUUAUUGAAGGAACAACUGAGAUCGGAACGAAAGCUAGCCUGCGAGAAGUUGGAUGGCCAAAGAAGGAGCAGCGCGACCAAGUUGCAGCAGCAGGAGGAGAAAUAUAAGGGAAUCGUAAAGAGGCAUCAGAAGUUUAUCGAACAACUGAUCUCGGAGAAGAGUGACUUGACCGAAAAGUGCAACACGCUGGCGCAACGAAUCAAGGAGAUCGAGGCUAAGACCCAUCGUGAUCUGAAGGCUGCGGCCGAUAGACACGCGGUGGAAUUGCAGAAAGCGAAGGAACGUUAUGCAGCGGCCGAGAAGAUCAAACGGGAACGGUGGAUAGAGGCUAGAACGACGAAGAUCAAGGAGAUGACGGUGAAGGGUUUGGAAGCCGAGUUGCGCAACGUGAUGAACCAACACGCGGAGGAAAUUCAGAAGCUGAAGAACGCGCACGCGAAGGAGCUACGAGACCUCGAACUGCAGACCAUAUGUCGAUCGAAUCAGCAACUGGAACACCUACGUUCCGAACUGACCGCUACCUACGAAAAGACCUUGAGCAACGAGAAAAGUAUCUUAUGGACUAGAUACAAGGAGCAGCUGGAAGAGCAGGAGAAUCGAUUUAAGUUGCAACGCACGAAACUGUUGGAAGAACUGCAGCUCGAGAAAGAAAAGUUUAGCGAUGAACGAGCGAAAUGCGAGGUUGAAAAGGAAGCGGCUUUGCAGCGGAUGCAACUUCGACACCAACAAGAAACAAAGGCUGUCGAGGAGCGGCUCUCGAACGAGAAACAAAUUCUUCAAGAGUCGUUGAAGACGGAAUGGCAGGCUUGGCUCGCGGAUUACAAGAGGCAACAGAAUCUAAGGAUCGAGCAAACCGAAAGUAAAAUAAGGGACGAGUGUAAUAAGGAGAGAGAUCGUCAAAUCGAGCUUGCCAUUGAACGCUUGGAAAAAGAUUCGCGAAACGCCAAAUUGACUCUUCAACACAAUUUCGAUUCUAAACUUAGAUGUCUGAGGGAUAAAUACGAAACGAAUUUGCAAACUGCGAUCGACGGCGAACGAUUAUGCAAGGACAAGUUAACGCUGACGAAAGACAAACUCGACAAAGUCGAAAUUCAACUGCAACAAGCGGAGAGCAAGAUAGAGCAAUACGUAUUCGAGUUGAAUGCCGCGAACGAAGUAAUAAAGCAGCUGAACGUAGAAAAGGAUCACGCGAAAAAAUUAGCUAGGCAAGAAAUUGAAGGAGAGAAGAGAGAGCUAGAAGAGAAAAUCGCAUCGCUUUAUCAAGAAAUAACUCGUAUCGGUGCAAACAGAGAUGCCUCGAUGGCUCAGUUACACAGCAGAAUUAAAUUAAUAAUGACUCAAAAGGUCUUAACGAUUAAAAAUUUGACCAAAGAGCUCAACGAUGCAAAACUACGAUGCGAACAUUUAGAGAAAUUGUUGGACCAACAACGGAGAGAAUAUAUUCUAAAAAGUGUAUGAAAUACGAGUAUUUCCUCUAU